AUGGGGAGCAUCGACGUUUCUGCCUGUGAUAAAUUGCAGUUCAAAACGCCAUGGAUCGAGACACCCCUGAUCGAGUCCGCCUGUCUUUCCCGAGCAGCUGGAUGUAGAAUCUUCCUGAAGCUGGAGAACGUCCAGCCCAGCGGUUCCUUCAAGUCCCGUGCUAUGGGCAACCAGAUCCUCUCCCACCUUCGCAACCCGGAAAACCUAGGCCGCAGAGUCCACUUCUACGCCUCGUCCGGAGGAAACGCCGGACUGGCAGCCGUCUGCGCAGCCCGAAGCCUGGGAUACCCAUGCACCGUCGUGGUGCCCAUGGGAACCAAGCCUCUAAUGCUUGACAAGAUCCGAGCAGCCGGAGCAGCAGACGUCAUCCGCCACGGCGAGACAUUCUCCGAGGCCGGAGAGUACAUGCGGGAAACCAUCAUGAAGACGAACAGUGGCGAUGAGGACAGGGAUAUAAUCAAGAUCGCCCUCCAUCCCUUCGACAACCAGCCCAUCUGGGAAGGAAACGGCACAAUCAUCGACGAACUCGAAACCCAGCUUCCCCCCAUCACCACCCCCGAAGAUAAAAUCGCCUACAAUGACCGAGCCCUCCCUCUAGACGCCAUCCUCUGCAGCGUCGGCGGCGGAGGCCUCCUCAACGGCCUCGUCAUGGGCCUCGAGAAACGUCGCCAGAAGAAACAAUCUACUUCCACACUCAACCCUAUCCACCUGCUCGCCAUCGAAACGGCCGGUACCGAUUCCUUGGCCGCGGCUAUCGCCAAGAACUCCCUCGUCUCCCUCCCAAAGAUCACAUCCCAGGCUAUCUCCCUCGGAGCUGUCCGUGUCUCGGAAACAACCUUCCAGUAUGCUGUUUCCCCGCCACCGGGUAUUAAGGUGCACAGCACCGUCCUCUCAGAUGCAGACGCCGCCCGCGGCGUGCUCCGUCUUGCCAAUGACGAACGACUCCUCGUCGAGCUCGCAUGUGGUGUUUGCAUCGAGGCGGCCAUUGGUGAUGCGGCUGCUGCAGUCUCUGCAUCGGCGACUGCCGGCGCGAGCGCUCAGAGUAUCAAGAAGCGCAAGAGGGGGUCUGAGGAGACUAUCAUCUCAUACCGUGACGAGGGCUAUGGGGAUGACCGGUCGAGUUCGACGGACAAUGACACCGAUCAAGAACUUGACCCGGAGGUCGACGAUAAGCUAAGCUCUAAGCUUAAGCAGCUUGUCUCUGGUCUCACUCCCCAGAGCAGGGUUGUGAUUAUUGUCUGUGGUGGUAGCUAUGUCACUAUUGAUAUGGCUUCUGAAUGGCGCAAGAUGUUGGAUGAGGGAUGGGCAUGA